UGCGUAAACCCUGCUGACAACCGUCCUUACUCCCGGACACCCGAUUAGUCUUUUACUUCGGAAUCGUAGGAGUUGUGAUGCUUUGAGAUUUGUGAACUUAAAUUUUAUCCGUCGUAAUCCUAGGUAGCAUAUUUCAUUUAAACUAGCAAAAUGGUGCGUAUGAACGUAUUGAGCGAUGCUCUGAAAUCAAUUAACAAUGCUGAAAAGAGAGGCAAAAGACAAGUUUUGAUUAGGCCUUGUUCCAAAGUCAUCAUCAAAUUUUUAAAAGUUAUGAUGAACCAUGGUUAUAUUGGUGAGUUUGAAAUUGUUGAUGAUCACAGAGCUGGCAAAGUAGUUGUUAAUCUAACUGGUCGUUUGAAUAAGUGUGGUGUUAUAUCCCCAAGAUUUGAUGUACCUAUUAGAAAUAUUGAAAAAUGGACUAAUCAAUUACUGCCUUCCAGACAAUUUGGGUAUGUUGUAUUGACUACUAGUGGUGGUAUUAUGGAUCACGAAGAAGCCAGACGGAAACAUUUAGGAGGCAAAAUCUUAGGAUUUUUCUUUUAAAUUGUACGUUUUUAUCUUUUUUUUAAAUAAUAAAAAUUGUACCAUUGAAAAAAA